UGAGGAAGUGACUUCAGCUGUCGGCGGCCGCCAGUGGAGCGCAGAGCCAGCGGAGGCAGGCGAGGCUGUGGCUGGCGCGUGUUUCUUUUCCUGAACGGGUUCUGGGGAGUCCGCUAGAAGCUGCUACUUCUGCUUCUGCUUCUGCGCCGGCCAUGGCAGCCACGGCCGCUUCUACCGCGAGGGUCUUGCUGGGGUCAGUGGGGAAGGGCGGCGCGAAGCGGGCAAGUGCUGCUGGUGCUGCCGCCGCCUCUCCUGCCUCCUUAGCCGGGCUCUGCUGCUCCUUCGGCGGCGGCGGCUUAAAGGCAAAUCCCUAUUGCACGCUGGCCCCUCGGCAGCAGCAGCAGCCCUCCGCCCCGUCCCCGGACAUGAAGAACUACCUGUGGAAGCGCUAUAACGAAGCCAAGAAAGUGACGAAAGACCUGGUUCCUUCCAUUAUGAGUAACUUGCUGAAUCCAGAUGCUAUCUUUUCAAACAAUGAAAUGAGUCUAUCGGACAUAGAAAUCUAUGGCUUUGAUUAUGACUACACACUUGUCUUCUAUUCCAAGCAUUUGCACACUUUGAUCUUCAAUGCUGCUCGGGAUCUUUUGAUAAAUGAACACCGGUAUCCUGCAGAAAUCCGGAAGUAUGACUACGAUCCAAAUUUUGCAAUAAGAGGUCUUCAUUAUGAUGUACAUCGGGCGUUAUUGAUGAAGAUUGAUGCUUUUCAUUAUAUUCAGUUGGGAACAGUGUACAGAGGUUUGAGUGUCGUCCCGGAUGAGGAAGUCAUUGCCAUGUACGAUGGGUCCCAUGUCCCCUUGGAACAAAUGAGCGACUUCUAUGGGAAGAGUUCACAAGGUAAUGCCAUGAAGCAGUUCAUGGAUAUCUUCUCCUUGCCUGAAAUGACACUCCUGUGUUGUGUGAAUGAGUAUUUUCUGAAAAACAAUAUAGACUACGAGCCAGUUCAUCUCUACAAAGAUGUAAAGGACUCGAUCAGAGAUGUCCACAUCAAAGGAAUAAUGUACAGUGCAAUUGAAGCAGAUAUUGAGAAAUACAUUUGUUAUGCUGAGCAAACGCGUGCAGUGCUUGCAAAGCUUGCGGAUCAAGGCAAGAAGAUGUUCCUUGUCACAAACAGCCCUAGCAGUUUCGUGGACAGAGGCAUGAAGUACAUUGUUGGGAAAGACUGGAGGGAACUUUUCGAUGUUGUCAUUGUCCAGGCUGACAAGCCAAACUUUUUCAAUGACAAGAGAAGACCUUUCCGUAAGGUGAAUGAGAGAGGUGUUUUGCUAUGGGACAAAAUCCAUCAACUGCAGAAAGGCCAGAUAUACAAACAGGGCAACUUAUAUGAGUUUCUAAAGCUGACUGGCUGGAGAGGUUCCAAAGUCUUGUAUUUCGGCGAUCACAUUUAUAGCGAUUUAGCAGAUUUGACCUUAAAGCACGGCUGGCGAACAGGUGCAAUUAUUCCGGAGUUACGGACAGAGAUUAAGAUCAUGAACACAGAGCAAUACAUUCAGACCAUGACCUGGCUUCAGACUCUCACUGGAUUACUGGAACACAUGCAGGUUCACAAGGAUCCAGACUCUCAGCUGAUUUUACACGAGUGGAAAAAGGAAAGAAAGGAAAUGAGAGAAACAACGAGGAACUUCUUCAAUUCUCAGUUUGGAAGCUUAUUCAGGACUGACCAGAACCCAACCUAUUUUUUAAGACGCUUGUCUCGCUUUGCUGAUAUUUACAUGGCAUCAUUGAGUUGCCUUUUGAACUAUGACCAUGACUACACAUUUUAUCCAAGGAGGACUCCUUUGCAGCAUGAACUCCCGACAUGGUCAGACCAACUGUGCACUGGUACAUUCAGAAUACCAUUUCUGCAAGAGAUGAUUCAAAUCAAAUAAGUUUUCUUUUCUCCCCCUUGGUUUUUAUAAUGACAAACAUUGACCACCUUCCUCCCCUCUUCCACUGACUCAGUAGAGCAAAGUAUAUUUAUCGUGACAUGAAUGUAUCUUUAAAAGCAAUGAUCUCUUCUAUAAUAGCUGUAGUAACUAUUAGUGCAAAUAUUUCUAUUUAGGUCUCUUUUCUCGGUUUUAGUGAGAGCUGAUAGGUCAUGUUGCACUAAUAGAAAAUAGAUCCCUUCCCCCAGCUGAAUAUUUGCUGGAAAAGAAAAUUAUUUGCACAUAAAACAACAAUUUAAGAUAUUUCUAGUUGUAUGACAUGCAGCCCGAUAUAUCACUCUGGUGUGGUUUAACCAGAUGAGCAUCACUUUGGAUUCUGGACGUGUUUUGAAUCUGGAUUUAUCUUAAAUUACAGCUAGUUUUCUUCUAGUUGGAGAAAGAAAUAGAACAUUUCAAUAAGUUUUGAAGCUAUGAGGCGGUAAUAAAUCUUGUGUUCUCCCCACAGCUGCUUCCAAGCAGGGGGAAAGUUUAAACGUGUGCCAUACUUACAAACCUAAAUUUAAUUUACAACUUUCAGAAUGUGUUUGCAGAGAUCAUCUGCAUGCAGAAUUAGGUUUCUGUAUGCAGAUGUGCAUCUGAAUGCUCAUCUGAGUCCUACUGGACUUGGCUGGGCUGAUUCAGAUGGAGGACAAACCCUCUCUACCUGGAGCCAGUAGUUGCUAUGUAACAAAUUGUGUGCAAGCUAGAUUGGAGUCCAAAUGUACAACUUAGGUUCCCUUCCAAAGUGCUAUCGUUGGAAUGCAACUCCCAUCAUCCUUGACCAUUGGCCAUGCUGGCAGCUUAAAACAGCCUUUCCCAACCUGGUACCAGACAUUGUUUUACUCCCAACUCCCAUUAGCAGAGCCGGUAGUUAAGUAUGAUAGGAGUUUGAGGUCCAUCACCAUCUGGAUUCUAGAGCACCAGGUUGUGGAAGGGUGCCUUGAAACAAUUCCCUUUUUUAAAUUUUUAGAAGUCAUGUAUUUUGUUUGCUGAAGUUCUUCAAAAUUCAGAAAGAAUUGUUCUCUUUAUUUUUAGGAAAUAAUUCGGUCCCCCCAAUGCUGGUCAGGUAAAGUUUGUGUGUUACUAGUUUGUAUACAUUUUGUAUGUACCGUACGUGAGAGGCUUUUAAUUGCAUUGUUCUAAUUCUCUGUGUUGCUUAAGAACUGCCUGCUUGCAUGACUCAAUAUGGUCCGGCAUUUCAGUUCAUUGAAAUAGACUUCUAAGCAAUGCCAAGCUGAAGUUUUUAAUUUUCCUCUUUGCCUUGAAAGCUAUGGCUUUGGGGUGGGGUGUGGAGCUCUUCUCCUCCCUUUAUUGCUUUGGCAUCAUUUCCCCCUGUUUUCAGUUGCACUGACAUGAUCCCUGAAUGGCUGGAUCACGUGAAUGCAGUGCAAUGCGAAUUAAACCAAUUGGCUUGGAUGAUGUGCUGGCAUCUUGAAGGGAGAUUGGAAGCCCAUUUUGUCUGAGAGCUAUGUUCACAUGGACGAUCAGAUAUCAAACUUUGUUUUUGGUGUCCCUUUGCAGUGAUCCCCUAAAGCACCAAGGAGCUCCCUUUCUGGCAUUAAGUAUUUCCCCUACUUUUUAUAAUUGCUUUUGCAUUGAGAGACUUACCGUACUUAGUUUUCUGAGGAGUGGAGAGGCGGUGGCUUAGUGGCAGAGCAUCUACUUUGUGUGCAGGUGUACAACCCCCAGGUUCAAGCCCUGCCAAUCCCAGUUAGGGGUUCGAGAAAGGCCCCUACCUGGGACACUGAAGAGCCACCGCUAGCCACUGCCAACACCACUGAUCAGACUUGGUAUUGGGCAGUUUCCUAUGAUGUGCUGGCCAUGUAGCCCAAUUGCCAUCUUAUGCAGAGGGGGGGCUUGAGCUUGUCUUUUGGUGAUGCUGGUUUGGUGAUGUUUUUCUGCCUAUAAAUGCUAUACUUGGUAUGCAUAACUGCCAAUGCUCUGUACUAGAGUGGAUGAAACACUGCUGUGUCAUUGGUCAAGUUACCUCUGUUUUAUUGCUUUUUAAAAAAGAGGGGAAAGCCCUUUAAACAGAAAAUCCAAGGGUUUGGACUUGAUUGUUAAAGCGUAACCAAGACUUGGUGUCACUUGAAAUGCAUCUAAUAUUCUAGGCUUCCAAAGCCCCUUUAAAAGACUGUAUUUGGAGAAGAUGUUAAAGAAUAGAAUUAGUUUGUAUUCUAGAAAAUUAUGGCAUAAAGUAAAGUGUUUGACAGGUUUAUGAGAACACUCCUUCAACACACAGAAUUUUUGUACAAAACCGCUUUGUAGAAAACUACCGGUACUUCUAUUGCAGAUUACUUUUAUUUCUUUGUAUACAAAGUAUAUUAACUGGUGCUUAUUUGCUGCUACAUAAUGUCAUAUAUUGUAAAAUGUUCUUGCAUGUGAAGUGAUUGGGGCCUAAUCAGCUACAAACUAACAUUUGCUCAUUUCUGUUACUGCUGUUAUUUAAAAGCACUGUAAUCACUUAUUGUAGCACCCACAACUCCUGAUAUUGUAGCCAUGUGGAAUUUUGUCAGUAUCUGAAUACCAAAAAGGAAGUCAGUAGUUUACUUCUUGACAAACUGACCUCCCAAAAAUAGAAUCUGCCAGCUAACUUUUCCUUUUUGUAUCCCAAAAUGUCUCUGGUACAACACCAUGCAAUAAAUGUCUUGUCACAUUCAUUAAGAUUACAA